AUGAACACUAUACGGUAUACAAGUGUACCUCGUUUGUCUGUAAUAGAGGGAAACAUGAAUUACGCAGAUUCAGUGUUUACCGCAAGUUAUGAAGAAAUCCUAACAGAUUAUUUAAUCAGUCAACCUAAUUUAUGGUUACAGCCAAAUCCGUGUCCUCAUAGUUGUCAAAGGCCAUUAUCCGUCAAUCUGACGUAUAACGUAAUACAAGUAGUAAAACUAUCUCAUUCAGAUGAAACUCUUAUAAUAUCUGGAUGGUUUACAAUACGAUGGGUAGAUUAUCGUUUAAAGUGGAAACCGAGUGAUUUCGGUGAUCUAACCAGUGUAUUACUUUUUAAAAAUGUACAGUUGUGGAAACCCGACUUGGCAUUUGGAAAUCGCGAUAACACAUCACGUUUACUGAUUGAAUCCAAUGGUCACGUGACUUGGUUACAUGGUACAGUACUCGAGUUGUCCUGUCCCUUAGAUAUGACCAAACUACCAUUUGAUCGCCAAAAGUGUUAUCUAGUUUUAACUACACUGUAUAGUUCAAUAAAGCAGUUGGAAAUCAAUCCUAAAAUUGACCAUCUAAGCAUUGAUAACAGUUUCAUGCCGAAUGCAAAUCAUAGUGAAUGGAUCAUUGAUGGUAUUGGCUGUCAUUCUUCGAUGUAUCUGAGACAGACUAAUUCAAAAUAUCAGUACAUUGUAAUAUCAAUUACACUGAAACACGAACCAUUAUAUUUUGUUACAUUUGUUGUUGCUCCAUUUACACUAAUUUCAAUGUUGACAUGCUCAAUAUUCACACUGAGUUGUCCAAGUGAUCGAUUAGUGACCGCAUUGUCAUUGUUCUUCGGUGCAACUGUAUAUGUAAUUAUUGUUUCGUCAAAUACACCCAGAUCUGUCAGUCAAAUACCGUUGUUAGGUAUUUAUCUACUAUAUCAAUUAGGCUUCAUGGGUUUGGCAACUAUUGUGGCCGUAAUCAACAGUCAUUACGCUCAAGUAAACGACCGACUAGACUGUUUGAAAGAUCCAUUUAAAAAAUGUUUUUCAACGAAAAAGCAGACACUUAAAUUGUACCAAGUGUCCAGAUUGAAAAAUGUACAUUUUCGCGAAUACCCUGAUUAUGCUCAUCGCUAUCGUCAGCGAGAACAACAUGCAAUAGUAUCUGACUCUCCAACGGAAACAAAUAAAAACUGUGAAAUGAAAUACACUACUGAUUUUACACUGUUUACUACUAGUCGUUAUCAUUUAACCUCACUAACAGAUUUAUCAUGUAUAUUGAUUUAUUUGAUGUUGUCUGCCUGGAAUUGGAUUUACUGUUUUCAUAUAUUACCUAAUCAAUAA